AUGUCAUCCAAUCACAGUAAUACAAGUUCCAAUUUGAACUCUAACAAUGAUAGUAACACAAAUAUCAAUAUCACACCAGCAACUAGCACAACCACUACACAUUCUAAUCCAGGCAUUUCCAAAAAUAAUGAUAACAAUACUUCAGACUAUUUUGGCUAUAAGCCUUAUCCUAACGAACAGCAGAGUUGGCCAUUAGACCACAGAAGAUCUGCUGGUAAAGUUUGGUCACCCGGUGUGAGAGUAGUCUCACCGUUAGAACAUGAAAUAGUUUAUGAAAAUAAUCCGACUGAUAGCUUUAGCAAUAAUAAUAGCACACCUACCACAACUACCACUAAUUCUAACUACAGCUCAGGUAUUUUAUACAACGUUAAUGCACCAAACAGAUCCAAUAGUGCACGCAGGCAACGAUCUCAUUCAAAUGCUAAAAAAACAAUUUCUAAAGUUCACGAAUUUACUCAAGGAUAUAAUUCUUAUUCAAAUGACUCCCUCAUAUCUUCAACAAAUUCUAUGAGAAGGCCGUCGUGGACAUCUCCAAUGAAUGUAUAUAACUCUUCUCUCGAUAAUAACAAUACUAGUAAUCAAAAUUCAAUAUCUCAGUUAAAUUUAAAACACCCUUCAACUUUAUUAAAACAACAAUCUCCAGGCAAACAUGAUAGAAAUACACAGUUAUCUAGCCCUGGAUUAAGAAAUAACCCCUGGCUUCAGGAAUCCUUUCUUUCAACCCCAACUCUAAUUGUGCCCCCAGAAAUUGCAUCUUUAACCACCCAAAGCACAUCUGACGUCCCACCACAACAAUUAAGAGUCUCACCAAGCAGAAACUCUUCUCAAAAGAGUACAGGUAGUAAUCAUAGUAAUGCAAACACACCAGUAUCUCCUUUAGCAAGUAAUAAUGACUUAACACUACCUGAGCAAUAUCCUAAUUCUACUCCAAAUUCAAAUAAAACAGAUAAUACGCACUCAACAACACCUACCACAUCUACAACUGUCACAUCUGCGGGAACAGGAUCCGCUUCUGGAACUAUUGUACACAAUAACUCAUCUUCUACUAAUUCUAAUAAUAAUACUAACCCAAUUAAUGAGGUUGUAAAUCAUUCAAAGCAAGAUAAUUUAUCACCUUCAUCAUCUACAAGAUCUGUCCCAAAAAUCAACACAUCUUCGUCGAAUAUGAAAUUAUCAAAAAAACAACAUCUUUUAAAUGAGCAGCUGUAUUUAGAGAAAAUGAAAAAUUAUGUUUCUCACGAUUAUUAUACGAGAGGAAUUGUACCAUCAUCAACAAAUGACGAAGAAGAUGAUUUUGAAUCCGACAUAGAAGAUAUAGUGGAUUUGACCAAUGAUGAUAAGCAAGAUUUUGGCACCAAUUUUUUUACCGCAAACAAAGACAUUGUAGCAAUGAGUUCCAAGUUCUUAUUACAUAGAUUACAAUGGUUAAAACAAGCUGAUCCAAGAAAUGCUGUUGUUCAAGAAACUUUCGAUGUAUUUGAUUUGAAAGGAGAGUCUACCAAUAAUGAACAAGAAAACAAAAAAGAAAUUACGGCUAAACUAUUAGAUAACCAAGAUUUAUUAUCAUUAUUAGCCGAUCACCCUUUGGUUUUAGAGAGAUUUGAAUGGCAAACUAUGCUUUCAAAUGUGUUAAAAGGGGAUAUUGUUAAAAGUGAAAAAACAAAAAUCGCCAACCAAGUUAAACCAAGAGGUUCAAACACACAUUAUGCCGAAGAGAUUUGGUUAGAAUUAAAAGCCUGGAUGACCGGUAAAACGGUUGAUGAAAUGAAAAGAACUUUAAAGAUAUUGAGAAUAUCAACGGACUCAUUCUUUAAAAAAGUGUUAGUAUUUCGUUUGCCGGACGAUAUAGAUAUGGAAGAAGGUAAGCGAAGAAUUAAAGACAUUACUGAUAGAUAUUAUAGAGUCAUUAAUUUCUGGUGUAAUUUAAAGCAAAUGUAUCAAGAUAAGCCUAUUACAAAUUCUUCAGAUUUAAUUAGUAGAAUAGAUGUGAUGAACAGCUGGCUAAAUUUUACUCAUAAUUUUGACAUUAAUAUUAAAGUUCUUAGGAAAUGGGUUGGUGAUGAAAAUGUUAAAGUAUUAUUCUCUCAUGAAGUUCCUGAAAAUGGGGCCGAUUUUGAUUAUCAAGAUGGUAGGGCAUUUGUUGAGCAAAUUAUGAAAGAAAAAGACAUAGAAUCAAUUUUUCAAAAGAAAAUAUUUUAUCCAUUAGCUCCAUGGAUUUUAAAAGCAAAACUAUUUUCACAAAAUUAUUCAGAAACAAUGAAAGAAUUAAAUCUUCGCUUUCCUGAUGAUCAAUUAGAAUUACUCUUACUCUUUCCAAUUCGAUUUAUUAAAGAGAUCAUCUUGAUUCGUCUAGCCUAUGCUAAAAAACUGAAAAAACCUACAAUGAUGAUGAUUGAUCAAAUGAUAGAUGAUUUUACUUCGUAUAUUCGCCUGUCAGUCCAAAUGAAAUAUACAUUAACUACAUAUCGUGAAGAUGUUUCAUUUUUAGUUAGACUUGAUCCUGAUUUUGAUAACAUCGUAAUGGAAGCAAUUAAAUACUUGUUCCGACUUUUAGAAUUAAAACUUUUUGAUAGUACCAAAGUAUUUUUCAAAACCUUCAAAGAACCGGAUGAACUAUACAAAUACUGGGAAGAAUUAAAAAAUGUUGGACAUUAUAUAGAAGGAGCUGGUUUCCUAAUUGUCAAGGAGUUUAAUAAAAUCUCAUUAAGAUUAUUGCAUAGAUUGCAUUCAUAUCUAUUACAGCAACAAAAUUCACCUCCCAAUUUCUCUAAUAGAGCAGAAGCUGAAAAAUGGGUUGUCCAAAUGUUUGAGUAUUCAGGUUCCAUAAAGAGAAAGUUAAAUAGAUUUACAAACGUUCUGACAAAAGCUUCUCAAAAUUCUGUGAAUUUUAAAGUAGAGAAUCACAACGCUCUUUUAUCAAAACUAAAAGAAACAGGCCAUUUUUUAAUAUUUACAGGUGGUGAACUGGAGCAAAAUGGUCUUUACUUAUUAGGUAGUUCUGAAUUAUUAGGAUGCCAAGAUGAAGAUAUCUUUCGAAUUUUGAAAAAUUCUGAUAUUGGUUGUGAUAUGAUACCUAAGCUGGAAAUAAGAAACAGUUUAUCUUUGUAUAACGCUGCAGCUCAUGGAUAUGGAAUGAAUAGUUUACUAGGCCAGGGCAUGACUCCGGAAGGCCUAUCUUAUUAUUAUGUUCAAAAUGAGGAGGGAACAAUGCCCUUUCAACCUAAAGGGAACAAGGGUCAAAUUGAUUUAACAUUUGAUCAUUAUCAUGAUUCAGAAGAGGAAAUGUUUGCACUAGAGCAACAUUUACGUUCUUUAGGUUAUCUGCUAAUAAUUUGUCCGGGCGAACCAAUGCUAUGGGAAGGUGAUAUGUAUAACCUCUCUGGAGAUACUAUACUAGGACUAAAAGAUUUUAAUUUUGAAGUUACAAAGGAUUAUUUACUAUUAAUGAGCCAAGGGUCGUGCUAUGCACUAGAAUACCAAUGUGAACGGUUACAGCGUAUCACUGACGACUCUAUAUCUUUUAUAGAAAGACGCUGCUCUUUCCCUGUUAUUGAGAGCAAUCUUCAAAAAAUUAAUAAAGCAUACUUCAGGGUGACAUAUAAUGUUUUAAAUAACCUUUCCAAAGUAUUGACUACCUUUAAAAAGGUUUGCCCCGGCCAUGAACUACUAAACAGUGUAUUUUUAUUUGCAAGGGAUUAUGGUAAGAAUUUUUUAAGAAUGAAUGUUGCUACAUACGAAAAAAAAUCAAUUAUCAUCUUACUAAUGAUGAAUAUGAGUGUUCAAUGGUUAUCAUUUCUAUUAGAAGAUUGUGAUCCUACAGAUCAAAGAACUUUUAGAUGGUGUGUGCCAGCAAUGGAAUUUGCAAUGCAGAUAACAAACGGUUGGAAUAUUUUAGGCUUAGAUGAAAAGCAAUUCUCUGCAUUAAAGCAAAAAAUUUCAGCAUGUAUGUCCUUAUUAAUCUCUCACUUUGACGUUAUGGGUGCUAGAGCUAAUGAAGCGGAAAAGAUAUUUCAAAUGGGUAGACCAAACAUUGAUUUUGCUAAUGAUAUAGAUGACGAAUACAUGCUAAAAAUCAAUUCUGAUUUACGUGUUCAAGCCAUUAAUGACCUUGAAACCGCUACAACAAGAAACCCUCACCAAAUCGGUAAAGUUCUUGACGAUACAGAUAAAGGUAAUAAAUAUUUACUCUCGCUUGCGUCUUCUAUGUCUAAUGUUCAAAUUAGAUGGCAGAAGCGGAAGUUUAUUGGAAGUGGUACUUUUGGUAAUGUCUUUUCAGCAGUUAACUUAGACAGCGGUGAUGUUUUAGCAGUGAAAGAAAUCAAGAUACAAGAUACUAAAGCUAUGAAAAAAGUAUUUCCACUUAUUAAGAAAGAAAUGACUGUCCUUGAAAUGUUAAACCAUCCCAAUAUUGUCCAAUAUUAUGGUGUUGAAGUUCACCGUGAUAAAGUUAACAUUUUUAUGGAAUAUUGUGAAGGUGGCUCCCUAGCAAGUUUAUUAGAACAUGGACGUAUUGAAGAUGAAAUGGUUACUCAAGUCUACACAUUGGAAUUAUUAGAGGGGCUAUCAUAUCUUCACCAAUCUGGUAUUGUGCAUCGUGAUAUUAAACCAGAAAAUAUUCUUCUAGACUUUAAUGGUAUCAUUAAAUAUGUUGAUUUUGGUGCUGCUAGAAAGAUUGCGAAAGAUCACACAAGAAUUGCAUCAUUUUCUAAAGAUGGAAAAGAUAACAAGGAAAGUAAAAAAAUUGAUGAUACUUUACUGGAAACGGAAGAAGCAGGAGUAGGUACAGGGCUAUAUGAUAUGGUUGGUACGCCAAUGUAUAUGGCACCGGAAGCAAUUUCUGGAUCGCCAAAUAAAAAUAAAUUUGGAUCAGAUGAUGUUUGGUCAUUGGGUUGUGUUGUGCUGGAAAUGAUCACGGGUCGUCGCCCUUGGGCUAAUCUAGAUAAUGAAUGGGCUAUUAUGUAUCAUGUUGCCGCAGGGCAUUCACCUCAAUUACCAAGUAAAGAUGAAGUAUCUACAAAUGGUAACAAUUUCUUAAAGAGAUGUUUACAACAAGAUCCGUAUAAGAGAGCAACUGCUGUUGAUUUACUUAUGGAUGUUUGGAUUGUUGAAAUUAGAGAAUUAGCUUUUGGAACUGGUGAGCCAGAUACAGCAGCUACUACCAGUAGCGCAACGCCUGAUGAAAGCAAGCAAUAG